AUGGUUCGUGCAUGUACUAAGAAGAUCACAGAGCCAUCCGAUAAGGAAGCAAUGGAGUUCGAGGCUCAAGGUAAGCGACCACGAGGAGCCCCAAAGAAGAGAUGGCGGGAGUUGGUCAAGAAGGACCUUGCCGAAGCCAAGGUGACGGGAAAAGAUGCCGUAGAUAGAAUGAAAUGGAGACGGCUGACAAGAACAGCGGACCCUGCGAUGGCGCGGGAUUAA